CCCCCGAGCCCCUGAGCUGGCAGGGGCCAGAGAGCGGCCGGCAUGGGCCUUAAGCUGCCUGCGCCUUGGCUGCUGCUCUUCACCGGGCUCCCAGCAGGGUGCCUGUCCUUGCUGGUGACGGUCCAGCACACAGAGCGCUAUGUCACCCUGUUUGCCUCCAUUGUCCUCAAAUGUGACUACACCACCUCCGCCCAGCUCCAGGAUGUCGUGGUGACGUGGCGCUUCAAGUCUUUCUGCAAGGACCCCAUCUUUGACUACUACUCUGCAUCUUAUCAGGCGGCUUUAUCCCUGGGCCAGGACCCGUCCAAUGACUGCAACGACAGCCAGCGGGAGGUUCGCAUUGUGGCUCAGAGGCGGGGGCAGAAUGAGCCCGUGCUGGGGGUGGAUUACCGGCAGCGCAAGAUCACCAUCCAGAACCGAGCAGAUCUGGUGAUUAAUGAAGUGAUGUGGUGGGACCAUGGAGUAUAUUAUUGCACCAUUGAAGCUCCCGGGGACACAUCAGGAGACCCAGAUAAGGAGGUGAAGCUCAUUGUCCUGCACUGGCUGACAGUGAUCUUCAUCAUUCUGGGAGCCCUCCUCCUGGUCCUGCUGAUCGGGGUAUGCUGGUGCCAGAGCUGUCCUCAGCAUUGCUGCUGCUACAUCCGCUGCCCCUGCUGCCCUGCCCGCUGCUGCUGCCCCGAGGAAGCCCUGGCCCGCCACCGCUACCUGAAGCAGGCUCGGGCCUUAGGCCCUCAGAUGAUGGAAAAACCCCUAUACUGGGGGGCGGACAGGAGCUCCCAGGUUUCAUCUUAUCCAAUGAACCCGCUGCUGCAGCGAGAUUUGUCCCUGCGAUCCAGCCUCCCACAGAUGCCAAUGACCCAGACCGCUGCUCACCCUCCCAUCGCCAAUGGUGUCUUAGAGUAUUUGGAGAAAGAGCUGCGGAACAUCAAUCCAGCCCAGCCUCUGCCCCCUGACCUUAAAGCCAUAUCUGGCCAAGCCUGCAGCAUGCUGUCCUCCCUGGGCUCUGAGGUUGUGGAGCGCAGAAUCAUCCACCUGCCCCCACUGAUCAGAGACCUGCCGUCUUCACGGAGGACCGGCAACUCCUCCUGCCAGGAGUGGCUCACCCCAAUUCCCCCUGGACCCUGGGAUCCAAGGGAGAGGAGAAGGCAGGCCCACUACUCUGAUUUCCACCAGGAGCUUCAGGACCGGGAACCUAACCGCUGGGCAUUGGAGGGACAGGAGCUGAACCAACUUCAGAGGGGAAGGCACCACCGCUCCCGGCUGCACGGGUCACCCGCGCCCUGGUCAGACAGGGACAGCCUCAGUGACGGCCCCUCAUCAAGCAAGGCCCGCUGGCGGCCCGACCACCCACCUCUCCGGAGCCGCUAUCCAGACCGACCCCGCAGGCCCAGUCCCCGGGAGAAUGCCCAGAGGCACCCGAGGCGCAGGCACCGCAGCUAUUCCCCUCCCUUGCCUUCUGGCCUCAGUUCCUGGAGCUCUGAGGAGGAUGAGAAGGAGAGGCGGCCCCAGAGCUGGGGAACCCACCGCCGCCGCAGCUCAUACUCCUCAGACUGGCCUGAGGAGAAGCCACCCAGCUACCGGUCACUGGAUGUCAUGCCAGGCAAGAAUGGCAGGAAAAAAGGGAGUGUGGAGAGGCGCUCGGAGAGAGGCAGCUCCCAUAGUGGAAGGAGUGUGGUCAUUUAGCCACUGGGUACAGCACUACUUCUUUGGCUACUUCUC